AUGACAUACAUGCGUCACAAUAUGAAUCCACCAAUGGCUUCUCUAACGACACAGUUUAGCAAUAUGAACAUAGAGGCAUCACCCCCACCUGUAAGAAAAGUAUACCCCAGAGAAUAUGUCCCCAUGACUUAUUACACACAGGUGCCAAUAAUGCCUGAGUCACCGCAGAGUUCACCUCCAGCAGUGAUUCCUCCUCCAUUGACACCUCAAGUACAUUUGGCAAAUGUUGGUGGAACAACAUACUUUUAUCCCACAAAUGACAGCCUCAAUACUUCCGGAGGAAUGAAGGCAUCUACUUCACAAGGAGGUGGCGAUCGUGCUGUGCCUACAAUGCAAUAUCCUACAUCAUGCCCCCCAAUGUACACAUCAACACCUACACACAUGCCAUCAACCUCAAAACAUGCAGGGUUGGCGACGAUGUUCUACAUGCCGGAGCAGAUUAGAAAUGAGAUGUAUCAAAGAAACGAAUACAUGUACAUGCAGCCAAAUCCACAACAAUACCCCGAUUUACCGGACAAUAUAGAAAUGUAUUCCGUAUUGAUACCUUUAGAAAAUCUAUCGCCACAUUCCAUAACCACAUCGUACCGUGCCACCCAUCGACAGAACGGCGACCACUACGCACUGCGCCGCUUGCACACCUAUGGCACUGUACCAUCUAAGAGAUUUGAAGCGUGGAAACAGAUAGAUCACCCGAACAUAAUCAGAUUACAUGAAUGUUUCAUUACCAAAACUUUUGGGGACCAUUCCAUGAUUUUGGUAUACGACUACCACCCAGCAGCUGUAACUUUAAUGAACAAGUAUAUCGUUGCAAAUGGUGCAGGGAAUAAUCUUGAUGGGUCAAAUGGGUCUUACCACGACCCGUUCUCUUCAGACCCUGAUGCACCUAGGCCCUAUACACAUCAGAAAAAUGCUAUGCUUCGGGCAGUUGCAUGUGGUGCCUUGCUGCCAGAACCAGUAUUGUGGAACAUAAUUGUACAACUCACAGCCGGUUUACGGGCCAUACAUGCGGCGGGACUUGCAUGCAGGACACUGGAUGCUACAAAAGUUGUUAUAACCGGCUGUAGAAUUCGUAUUGCUUGGUGUGGUGUAGCGGAUGCCCUACACGCUAACGAAAUAGAUAAUGAAAAGGCGAAGCAAGAUGAUCUCACUGCACUUGGCAGGUUGAUACUGUCUCUCGCUUGCCGUACGAUACAGUGUGAUAUAGCGACGUCCGUUGAACUAGUUACAAGGUCCUACUCGCAAGACUUAAAAAAUUUGAUAGUUUGUUUACUAUCUGUACAGCACAAGACUGUUAGCGAUCUAAUGCCCAUGAUUGGAGCGAGAUUUUACACGCAGGUUGAAGCUUUCGAAAGGAGGGCAGACCUUUUUGAAAAUCAAUUGGCACAAGAGCUGGACAAUGGGCGAUUGCUUCGUCUCUUACUUAAAAUGAGCUUUAUCAACGAACGACCUGAAAUGAACAUGGAUUUGAAAUGGUCAGAGACCGGCGACAGAUAUCUACUGAAAUUGUUCCGCGACUACGUCUUCCACUCCGUGACUCCCGAGGGCCGUCCAUGGCUCGACCUAGCCCAUGUUGGUUAUUGUCUUAAUAACCUAGACAGUGGCACCAACACCCAGGUGCAGUUGUUAACUCGCGACGAGCGCAGCUUGCUACUAGUGACGUUUGCCGAGCUAAAGCAUUGUCUCGAGCAGGCGUUUGAGGAAUUAACACAAGCCGCCACGCCUUCUCCCUAA